AUGCACCCCGAGGCACCCGGCACGCGUUCAUUCGCCCGGCCUUCAACCUGUGCCACGCCCCACUGUGACUUCGACCGCUGGGAUUGGAACACCCUUGCACACCGCGAGAAUUGGCCGAGAGUUCAGGGUGCAAAACAUUCAGAGUACUCUACAUUGGCUGAUGCAUUAGUAGAACGGGUUGUGGGCAACUUGAAGAUCGAUGAGCAACAACAAACUAUCUAUAUACACGUCGAGCGCUUGCCUACCACUCUAUGUACCAGCAGCGUUGCGGCUGCACCCUACUCGACAUUGGCUGGUGCGCUGGGAGAGAGGGGGGAAGCGAAGAGACGUGAGGAUGCAUACCCAUCCACUGCCACAUCCAUUGCCGCUACAUUAUCGACAUCCCCUGCGGAUGGUGACCGCACUACCUCACUUCCGCCCACGCAACGGACGUCGACGUACGACCUGCCAAUAGGGUCGACCUGUCGUGGAGGACUGGAAGCGGCAGAGGUGUUUGCCACCCCCCAGUCCACGUACGCUAGCUUCUGCGACCUGACUAGGUCGCGGCCAUCGUCUACAGCCCAGCCAGGGGGAUAUGAACAGCCACAUGACGGGACCCGCACCGGGGCUGUAGAGCCGUUUGAGGCAUAUGAUACUCCUAUAUCAAUGGCAUUGCCUGACGACGGCAGCGGGAGCAUAUUAUCAAUGUUCUCUACUCCACAGAUCACGCCGGCUGAAGGGUUAGGAGAGGUACAAACCGGAGAAUCGCUGGCUUAUCCAUGCCUGGAGAUCGAUAAUCAGGUCCACGGAAACCGGGGCAGCUUCGUACACAGCGAAGACAGAGCUGCCGCGUACCGAUACAACAUCGAUGCGCAGGAUACGCAAAACCUCGACCACGUGGUGUCCACACAUGCGGGCCUCGGAGGCACAUGGUAUAAUGGAGUGGAUCAGCUCUACGUACCGGAGGCAGGACAAGCCCAGGACGAUAUCUCGUAUAUCUCUAUCAGGAAGUGGCCAGGGCAGCCCAACACCUCGCUUCAACAGCCUUUAUACGAGGCGGAGGAGUAUGCGGCGGUGACCAAUCAAAGCCCAGUAUGGCCAGCACAGGGAAUAGGGUCUUUUGGGGGACACCAUGAACACUAUAGUCAACUCCCGGAGUUCCAGGCAUCGACACCUGAAAUGAGUCAAUCGACGGCUCCAGGGAACCAACCAAUUAAUCUCACCGAAUAUUCGGAACAGCCAGCGACGGGACCACAGGGGAGCACCUCAGCUCUCCCGCAGUCAGUUGCUGCACCAUCGUCAUGGGUCUACGGCAGCGAGGCCAGAGUGGCUUGCACCGGUCCGCGCCCCGGCGCCAAAACAACGAAAAAGACCGCGAAAGAUUGA